AUGACAGAUAUACCUAUUGAUUUCACAGAAAUCACCGAGUUGGAAGCCAUUGGUAUUUCUCCAGAAUAUUUCAAUUCACGAUCCAUCACUUUUGAAAGUGAUUAUUUUGUCACAGUUCGAGAAUCUAAUAAUAAUGGCCAAAAUACUGUGGCCGUAGUCGACUUGAAAAAUAAUAAUGCGGUCACUAGAAAGACUAUGGGUGGUGACUCUGCUUUGAUGCAUAUAUCAUCGAAAAUUAUUGCAGUGAGAGCUAAUGGUACUAUCGUUCAAGUCUUUAAUUUAGAGACUAAAGAGAAAUUGAAGUCGUUCCAAAUGAAUGAUCCUAUUUUAUUUUGGAAAUGGUUGGAUGAAUCUAACUUAGGGUUAGUCACUGCUACAUCCUUAUACGUAUGUAACAUUUUUGAUGGUCAAAUUGAAAUCCCACCAAUGAUUUUAACUCAAAGACAUUCUAAUUUAAACAAUUGUCAAAUUAUCAAUUUCGUGGCAAAUAAGAAUUUCGAUUGGUUUGCUGUUGUGGGGAUUACUCAAGAAAAUGAUAGAAUCGCAGGUAAGAUUCAAUUGUUUUCUAAAUUAAGAAACAUCUCACAACCAAUCGAUGGUCAUGUUGCUAUCUUCUCCACAAUUAAAUUAGAUGGUAAUACGGAACCUGUCCAAGUGUUUGUCACAGGUACAAGAUCUUCUACAUCAAGUUCUGGGGAAUUAAGAAUCAUAGAAAUAGAGCAUGAUCAAUCUCAACCUAUCUCUUACACGAAAAAAACAUUGGACAUUUUCUUCCCUCCAGAUGCCAUAAAUGAUUUCCCCUUAACGGUCAAGAUUUCUGAAAAAUUUGGUAUAAUUUAUUUAUUAACCAAGUAUGGGUUCAUACACCUUUAUGAAUUAGAAACAGGCACAAAUUUAUUUGUAAAUAGAAUUACUGCAGAUUCUGUAUUUGUUGCUACAUCCUUUGAUAAUGGUAAUGGGUUAGCCUGUAUUAAUAAAAAGGGUCAAGUCCUUACCGUCGAGAUCUCUAAGGAAAAAUUGAUCCCAUAUAUCAUGUCAAAAUUAUCAGAUAAAGAAUUGGCUUUUAAAAUUUCCAAGAGAAGUGGUGGUGCUUUAAUGGGUGCUGAUGAUUUAUUUUCAACUCAAUUCAAUAAAUUGAUGGAAGAGGGCAAUUAUAAUGAUGCUGCCAAGAUUGCUGCAUCAAAUUUAACUUUAAGAACUAAUAAUAGUACAAUUGAAAAAUUGAAAAACGUUAAAACUGUUCAAGGUUCUAUUUCUCCACUUUUAAUUUAUUUUUCUACAAUCUUAGAUAAUGAUAAAUUAAAUAAAAUCGAAACUAUUCAAUUAGCUAAACCAUUAUUUGAGCAAAAUAGGAAACAAUUAUUUAAUAAAUGGUUCCAAGAAGAUAAAUUAGAAUGUUCCGAAGAAUUGGGUGAUAUUAUAAAACAAUACGAUUUAAAUAUGGCUUUACAAUGUUAUUUGAAAUCCAAUAUUCAUUCAAAAGUAAUUAAUGUCCUAGCGGAAUUACAAAGAUAUGAUGAAAUUUUACCUUAUUGCCAAAAUAUAAAUUAUAAACCAAAUUUCCUACAUUUGAUUUCAAUAAUGUCUAAAUCGAACCCUGAUAAAGCUGCCGAGUUUACAUCUAUUUUAUACAAGACUCCUGCAAUUGCUUCAGAAUUAGAUCCAGAAAAAGUAGCAGAUAUUUUUUAUUCGCAAAAUUUAGUUCAACAAGGUACUACUGUCUUAUUAGAAUUAUUGAAAAAUGAUUCUCCUGAAUUUGGUCAUUUACAAACAAGAGUAUUACAAAUUAAUUUACAAAAUUCUCCACAAGUAGCUGACGCAAUUUUAUCAAAUAAAUUAUUUUCUCAUUAUGAUAAACCAACUAUUGCCGAUUUAUCAGAAAAAGCAGGUUUAUACCAAAGAGCUUUAGAAAAUUAUACUGAUAUUAAAGAUAUUAAAAGAUGCGUCAUUCAUACUUCUUCAUUCCCAUCAGAUUGGUUAGUUAAUUAUUUUGGUCAUUUAAAUGUACAACAAUCAAUUGCAUGUUUAAGUGCUUUGUUAGAAGAUAAUAUGACACAUAACAUUCAAAUAGCUGUUCAAGUAGCUACAAAAUAUUCUGAUCUAUUAGGUUCAAAUAUCUUGAUUAAAUUAUUCGAACAGUAUAACGCAACUGAAGGUUUAUAUUAUUAUUUAACCUCAUUUGUUAAUAUGACAGAAGAUAACGAUGUAGUAUUGAAAUAUGCUCAAGCAGCUUCUAAAUUAAAACAGUUCAACGAAUUAGAAAGAAUUGUCAAAGAUAAUAACGUUUAUGAUCCGGAAAAGAUGAAAAAUUUCUUGAAAAAUGCAAAUUUGGAAGAUCAAAGACCAUUAAUAAUUGUUUGCGAUCGUUUCAAUUUUGUUCAUGAAUUAAUCUUAUAUUUAUACAAUAAAAAUAAUUUGAAAUUCAUUGAAGUUUAUGUUCAACAAAUAGAUCCAAUUAAGACUCCUCAAGUCAUUGCAGCAUUACUAGAUGUCGAUUGUGAUGAUAAUUUCAUUCAAUUAUUAUUAAAUUCAGUGGUAGGUCAGGUACCAAUUAGUGAAUUAACCGAAGAAGUGGAAAAAAGAAACAGAUUGAAAAUUUUAUUACCAUUUUUGGAGAAAUCUGUUAGACAAGGUAAUCAAGAACAGGCUGUCUAUAAUACUUUGGCAAAAAUUUAUAUCGAUUCAAAUAAUUCUGCAGAAAAAUUCUUAAGGGAUAAUAACCAAUAUGACACUUUAACUGUAGGAAGAUAUUGUGAAAAGAGAGAUCCAUACUUGGCAUAUAUUGCCUAUGAAAAAGGUUUAAAUGAUACAGAUUUGAUUAGAAUUACAAAUGAGAAUGGUAUGUUUAAAUACCAAGCGAGAUACUUACUAAAACGUUCUGAUACACAAUUAUGGAAUUUAGUUUUAACACCUGAGAAUAUUUAUAGAAAUCAAGUGGUAGAAGCUGUUACAUCUGUUGGGAUAUUAGAAUUAAAUGAUCCAGAACCUGUAUCAUUAACCGUCCAAGCAUUCAUGAAUAAUAAUUUAAAGAUGGAAUUGAUUGUAUUAUUGGAAAAAAUAGUGUUAGAACCUUCUGCAUUCAGUGAAAACACUGCCCUACAAGGUUUGUUAUUCCUUUCAGCUAUUAAAUACGCUCCAAAUAAAGUUAGAGGUUAUAUUGAAAAGCUGGAUAAUUAUGAUCCAAAUGAAAUAGGUCCAUUAUGUAUUGAAAAAUCUUUAAAUGAAGAAGCAUUCCAAAUUUAUGACAGACAUAAUAUGCAUUCUGAAGCUUUAGGAGUGAUUAUUUCCAAUAUUUUAUCUCUUGAAAGAGCAGUAACUUAUGUUGAAAAGAUGGAUGAGCCCGAAUUAUGGUCACAAUUAGCAGUAGCUCAACUUUAUGCUCUGAAAUCAGAAGAUGCCAUUGCUUCUUUUAUAAAGGCUGGUGAUCCCUCAAAAUAUGUAGAAGUCAUCGAGGUUGGAAAGGAAACAAGAUCUUACGAAAGUUUGAUUCAAUUUUUAACAAUGGCAAGAAAAUCUUUAAGAGAACCUAUUGUUGACGGUGCAUUGUUAUUAUCAUUUGCACAAUUAGGUAGAUAUAACGAUAUUGAAAAUUUAUUAAAAGAGCCAAACGUUAUUAACUUAGAACAAGUAGGUGAUCAAUUAUUUGAAGAGCAAAAUUAUAAAGCGGCUAAAUUGUGUUACACUAAUGUUUCAAACUAUUCAAAAUUAGCGUCAACUUAUGUCUACUUAGGCGAUUAUAGAGCUGCUGUGGAAAGCGCUAGAAAGGCUUCUAACAUUAAAGUUUGGAAAUUAGUUAUCAACGCUUGUGUUGGAACAAGAGAAUUUUCAUUAGCACAAAUUUGUGGUCUAAACUUAAUUGUUCGUGCUGAAGAUUUAGGAGAUGUUGUUAAAUUAUAUGAAGAAAGAGGGUAUUUCGACGAAUUAAUAAUUUUAUUUGAACAAGGCUUAGGCUUGGAAAGAGCUCACAUGGGUAUGUUUACAGAACUAGCUAUUCUUUAUACCAAAUAUAAGCCAGAAAAAUUAUCAGAACAUCUCAAUCUAUUUUGGUCCAGAAUUAACAUUCCAAAAGUUAUUGCUCAGGUAGAAUCUGCACAUUUAUGGAGUGAAUUAAUAUUUUUAUAUUCUCAUUAUGAUGAAUGGGAUAAUGCUGCGUUGACCAUGCUUGAAAGAUGUGCUGAAAAAUUUGAUCAUACUCAAUUUAAAGAAAUUAUAGUGAAGGUAUCUAAUUUAGAGAUAUAUUAUAGAGCUAUUAACACUUAUGUUCAAGAACAUCCUUCCCUUUUAAUCGAUUUAUUAGCUGCUUUAACACCAAGAUUAGAUAUUUCAAGAACUGUGAAAAUUUUUGCAAAUUCAGACAAUUUACCUUUAAUUAAACCAUUUUUAAUAAAUGUGUUACCUCAGAAUAAUAGAGUCGUAAAUGAAGCAUAUCAAGAUUUAUUGAUCGAAGAAGAGGAUUAUAAAGGACUUCAAAUAGCAGUAGACUCACAUGAUAGAUAUGAUCAUCUUGAAUUGGCAAGACGUUUAGAAUCUCAUGAACUAAUUUAUUUUAAAAGAAUUGCAGCAUCUUUGUAUGCAAAAAGUAAGAAAUGGGAUAAAAGUUUAGAUAUUUUGAUAAAGCAAAAGCUUUGGAAAGACGCAAUAGAUACCGCAGCUAGCUCUCAAAAUUCAGAAGUCAUUGAGAAAUUGUUAAACUUUUUUGUAGAUUCAGAUUAUAAAGAAGGUUUUAUUGCUUUGUUAUAUGCCGCUUACAAUAUUGUUACAUUUGAUAAUGUUUUGGAACUUUCAUUCAUGAAUUCAUUAGAUGUGUAUGUUAGACCUUACGAGAUAUCUGUAAGGAAAGAGCAAUAUGAUUCAAUUAAAAGUAUAAAGGAAAAAAUAGCAAAAAUUGAACUAAGAGGAGGUAGCAUUCCGGCUGAUUCUAGGCCAUUAAUGCUAACAGGAAGCACUUCUUUAAGUUCCCAUAAUACUGGUUUUUAA